AUGGCAUCUACAGAAGAGCAGCCAGUUGAUGACAGAGAUGCCUUGGACAUCCUCGAUGCCGAGGGCAAGGAGUGGGAGAAGGCAAGCUGCCCCCAGAAUCCGACUUAUCGCAUAUUGAAAGCCUUCCGGCUCGAUGCCUACGCCGUGCUCGACCUCAAGCCAGGCGUGCCAGAGUCGGACAUCAAGAUCACCUACCGCAAGAAGUCGCUGCUCAUCCACCCGGACAAGACCAAGAACCCGCGCGCGCCCGACGCCUUCGACCGGCUGAAGAAGGCGCAGACGGAGCUGAUGGACGAGAAGCACCGGGCGCAGCUGGACGAGGCGAUCGCCGACGCGCGCAUGCUGCUGAUCCGCGAGAACAAGUGGACGGUGGACUCGCCUGAGGUGAAGGAGCCGGACGAGGCCUUCCACCGCAAGUGGGCCGAGAAGACGGUGCGGGUGCUGGUCGACAACGAGCAACGGCGCAGGCGCCAGAUGAAGGGCCAGAUGCAGGAGGAGGGCCGGCAGCAGCGCAGGGAGGAUGAGGAGCUGGACGAGCGGAAGCGCAAGCGGCAGCAUGAGCAGGACUGGGAGGCCACGAGGGAGGUGCGCAUCGAUUCCUGGAGGCAGUUCCAGAAGGGCAAGACGGGCUCUAGCGGCGAGCCGACCAAGAAGAAGAAGAAGAUGAAGCCUAUCGGGUAA